GGAUAUUGAAAAUGAACGGAGAAGAUGAUCGUGAAGGGAAUAGAUAUAACGAUUAACCAGAGUCGUUUUCCCCACUACGGGAACAUUUUGCGUGUGUAUGAGUGGUAUUUGAAAAACAAGGUACAGCGCCCACUUCGUGGGGAUGAUAAUUCAGACCUCAACACAGAUAACGACGAAAAAUGGCGAAAAUGUCUGCCAGAGUGGCUUGGGACGCAAUUUUCGAUUUGAAUAAGGAGACUUCGCCUCUUCUACUUUGCGACUUCAGCACAUGUUGACGCUGUGGCGUCAUUUACUACUUAUUGGACGCCUUCGUCCGGGGUCUUCACGACAUGGAAUUGAUGAUAUUGCAAGUACAGGACAACUAGGCUGAUCUCUAAAUUACCCUCCAUGAUAUUUAGAAUAGUGUCUCAGUUCAUCACGACGAGACAGAGAUUAUUGGGAAGACGCUUGGGUUUAAGGCCAUUGUUUGCAUUGUAGUUGUGUCGUAAUAUUUCGUUACCGCACAACUAAUAUACGAAGACCGCAUGUUCGCGUUCAUAAGAAUAAGAAGAACUGCAUAUUAAAAGUACAUGCGUCACAUUACGAUAUCAGAUAUUUCUCGGGAAAAGCUUGGGCACUUGACGAAUAGGUUC